ACGAACGAGCCAGUUCCCUCCAGCAGCCGAGAGCUUCAUUUUCUGAUCUGCUUUUGUGCUAAAAUGGAGGCUGGCCUCUCGCCCUGAGUGGAUCGCCUUCCUGGUUGAGGUUUAGAUGUUGACAUGCAAUAAAUCUGGAGACAGGAUGGUAGUGGAUGCACCUAAUUCCAAUGGGCCUUUUCAGCCGGUGGCUCUUAUGCACUUCAGAGAUGUGGCCCCCGCAGAGCAGGAGAAGCUCUUCAUCCAGAAGCUACGACAGUGCUGUGUUCUUUUCGACUUCCUGUCUGACCCGCUGAGCGACCUGAAAUGGAAGGAAGUGAAGCGGGCGGCGCUGAGCGAAAUGGUGGAGUACAUCACCCACAACAGGAAUGUCAUCACAGAGCCCAUCUACCCAGAGGUGGUGCACAUGUUUGCAGUGAACAUGUUCAGAACGUUGCCCCCAUCGUCCAACCCUACUGGAGCGGAGUUCGACCCGGAAGAGGAUGAGCCGACACUUGAAGCAGCAUGGCCACACCUCCAGCUUGUCUAUGAAUUUUUCCUUAGGUUUUUAGAAUCGCCUGACUUUCAGCCCAACAUAGCAAAGAAAUACAUCGACCAGAAAUUUGUUAUGCAGCUCCUAGAACUAUUUGACAGCGAGGAUCCCAGGGAGAGAGACUUCCUGAAAACCACCCUCCAUCGGAUCUAUGGAAAGUUUCUGGGUCUGAGAGCAUACAUCAGAAAACAGAUCAAUAACAUUUUCUAUAGGUUUAUCUAUGAGACAGAGCACCAUAAUGGCAUAGCUGAACUAUUGGAGAUACUUGGAAGCAUAAUCAAUGGAUUUGCCUUACCACUAAAAGAAGAGCACAAGAUUUUCCUGUUGAAGGUUUUAUUGCCCCUGCACAAAGUCAAAUCACUCAGUGUCUACCAUCCACAGCUGGCCUACUGUGUGGUGCAGUUUUUGGAGAAGGACAGCACUCUAACAGAACCGGUGGUAAUGGCUCUCCUAAAGUACUGGCCAAAGACUCACAGUCCAAAGGAAGUCAUGUUCCUCAAUGAGCUGGAGGAGAUCCUGGACGUCAUCGAGCCCUCAGAGUUCGUUAAGGUGCAGGAGCCUCUCUUCAGACAGCUGGCAAAGUGUGUGUCCAGCCCGCACUUCCAGGUGGCAGAGAGAGCCCUGUACUACUGGAACAACGAGUACAUCAUGAGCCUGAUCAGCGACAACGCAGCAAAGAUUCUGCCGAUUAUGUUCCCUGCACUCUAUCGCAACUCCAAGACCCAUUGGAACAAGACCAUUCAUGGCCUGAUCUACAACGCUCUGAAGCUCUUCAUGGAGAUGAAUCAGAAGCUCUUUGAUGACUGCACGCAGCAGUUCAGGGCGGAGAAAAACAAAGAGAAGGCGAAGUCAAAAGAACGUGAAGAAGCUUGGAUCAAAAUUGAGAACCUCGCUAAGUCAAAUCCACAGUUCUGUAUGUAUGUUGAUUCCUCUGACCUCAAUAGUCCUGUAGCAAUGGAGACGGAUGUCCCUUUGAUAGAAGAUGUUCACAGGCUAAAAAAGACAGUUGAGGAGGGCGCAACUCAGUUGCAGCAUGACCAGAGGAAAGAGCGGCCCAUAGUGCGACGCAAAUCUGAGUUGCCUCAGGAUAUCUACACCACUAAAGCCUUGGAGUCCCACCGCAGAGCUGAAGACAUGUUGACCACCCACGAUGGGCUCUAGGUCUCGCCUCCUGCCGGCUCUUGGUUCUACAACCCCCCACCCCUCCACCCCCUUUGACAGCCAUGGACAUGCUCUUUGCCCAGGUGCCAGAAUUACACUGGAAACUCAUCUUGGGCUUUCUAUCCCUUUUCCCACCAUCACAAUUCCUUAGUUUUCCUUCAUUCCUGCUGCCCCUGUGCAGAGGCCCUGUAUCCCCCUCCCCUCCUUUUGGAUUUCUGCUUUCUCAGGUUUUUUCUUUAUUUAGGGAGAAGCAAGAGUGUUUUGGUGUGUCUUUUUUCUUAGCCCUUGCCACAUCCGUUGUGUCCUCCCAUUAAUCCCCCCCACCACCACUGUAAAUGUGGAACCUGGGAGUGUGGACACCACAACACUGGCUCCUUCCUUCCUUCUUGCAGAUGUGCUCACAAAGGAUUGGACUUGGUUACAUAGGAACUGACUGACUCACUGUCUAAGGAUCGUCUCUUGGUCUCUGCUUGGUUUUCUUCCAAAGGGAACGAACACAGAACCUGUUGGUCAAAUGAAAGACUUUUCUGUCAACUGUUAUAUGUUUUCUUUGCGCAAACUAAUGGACAUCUUGUCAGUGCCAAGACUGUUGUGUUCACGUUAGUUUUGUUUCAUGUUUUUAUCUGUGACUUUAACAGGGACACCUGCCUUUUCUUUGUUUGGAUUUUUUUUUCUACUUUAGUACACUUAAGACCAAAUUGAGGCCUGUCCUUAGCCUUGCAAUGUCCAGGAAAGAUGGCAAGAAAGAGGAGGUUGUCCUGUGGACAUCUGAUACUUUCCAUUUUAUUAUGUGCUACAUGCCACUCUCUUUUAUAUGCUUGCUUCAUAUGUUCAUUGGCAAUAUUUGAAAAUCAGACCAUACUGAUGCCUAAAUGGUUCAAACAAUGGUACUAACUGCUUUUGAGUUUAGAAAUGACAAGGAAUCUAAGUGAAAGCUGUUGUUUUCUUUUUUGUUGCCGUUUGUUGAGCUUCGAUGAGGCAAAAAGAUGAUGCAUAUUAACCUGCACGCUGUAAAACUUAAUGGGCAGGUUUGUCUGCGAACGUAAAUAUAAUUGGAUUGAUUUUCUGAAUGCGUUCAGUGGGAGAGGAGGCACAGAUCCAUCCACAUUGCGUUUUAGCAGCCUUAACCAAGAUGGGACCUCUGCUCAUUAUGUUAUAUAGUGUUGUUUUAUGCUAUAAAGAUGUUAAAGCCUUGCUGAUAACUAAAAAUAAAAUAUUAUUGUAUAUGUAUUUAUUUAAAAAAACAAAAAUAGCUCAAAUUACUUGACGAGAACUACCAAAAAAUGGGAACAUCUACAGGUUGCGUCGUGAGUUGAUUGUUGCCUUCUCUGGUUUAAGGUUCUAUAUAUAUAUAUAUAUAUAUCUCCUCCUCAUUGAGGAAGUUGCUAAAGGCUGAAAGUGUCUUCCAGUCAGUACCAUUGUUUAAAUUCAGAAGGUCUGAUAGAAUUCUUCAUAUUUGAUGUGUUGUAUUUCUUAGGUUUUUUUUUUUUAUCUUCGGAGGUUCGUAGCUUGGAUGUAAGGUUUGGAUUUUUUUUUUUUCCUGGCCAUUCAGGAUGCCCAACUCUGAAACAGGCAGGUAUCAAAUGGCCAUAAAAAUGCCAGAUGCUGAAAAGAAACUCAAUUGUGACUUGGCUUGUUAACUGUAUUAAUACUGUAUUUGCUUGAGUGCAAAAGAUGUAAAUUAAAACUACCAUGUUAAACAUGUACCUUUUACCUUGGAGGAAUGCCAUUCACCAAACUGAUUUCUGUUGUCGAGGUUCCUGCAUCUACAAAACAGUCCUGCUUGCGGGGAGAGAGUUUUAUGGUUUUUAUGAGUUUGAGUCAGAGAUGUUUGAGGUUUAUUUAGUGCUGAAAACAAGUCAUUCAUGAUAGCAAAACAUGAUUUAAAGACAAUUUGGUGGCUUGUUCUCCUUCUGCAGGACUUUGCAGAUCUUUUAAUUUUAACAUAUUAUUUCCAAAACAUAACUUAAAGUGUCCUUUUUGUAUGUGACCUGUACUAUAUGAUUCAUUUAAUAUUGUAUAUAUGAUUUACCUUGUUUCAUGUAGUGUUAUAUAUCUAGAUUAAUUUUGUACAAAUUGUCCCUCUGUACAGAAUAAAACAUCAUUAGCAAGUGAAAGAAGCCAAUCUGGCACAUACCGUCUUGUUUCUCCUGUUUUGGCCAUACUUUCAGCCACAGAAGAAAAACUGUCUUUUUGUUUUUUUUGUUUUUUUUAAUCUGCAAAGUUCCCUCCAUCAUCUUAACAACUGACAAAUGUUCAUGCCCAUUGUGAGUUCCUAUCACUGUAUUUAGUGGUGUACAAGUAUAUAGAAUGAAUAAAGAGAUUAUUUGAAUUUAUAUUUUCAAA